UAAGUCGGGUCUCCUCGGAAAGCAACGAGCCGAGCCUAAAACUUGUGAAAGCCUGGUUCAGCAGGACCCGCUUUCAUUCAUUAGAACUUACUCUUCUUCACUCUUCUGCUUCUGGGGACUCUGCCGACGAGAAGAAAAGCGAGGAAGGAAAUGACGGUAGCGGCUGGGAUCGGGUACGCCUUGAUAGCGCUUGGACCGUCACUCUCACUCUUCGUCUCUGUUAUCUCUAAGAAGCCCUUCUUGAUCCUCACCGUCCUUUCCAGCACACUGUUAUGGCUUAUAAGUUUGAUUAUUCUAUCGGGAGUAUGGAGAGCCUUUCUUCCCCUAAAAUCAAACACAUGGUGGCCUUAUGCAAUACUGAUAAUGACAUCUGUUGCCUUUCAAGAAGGGUUGCGCCUUCUUUUCUGGAAAGUUUACAAGAGAUUGGAGGAUAUAUUGGAUGCUUUUGCUGACAGAGUCUCGAAACCACGCUUAUUUUUGACUGAUAAAAUGCAAAUUGCUUUAGCUGGUGGUCUAGGUCACGGUGUGGCGCAUGCUGUGUUUUUCUGUCUCAGCCUUCUAACACCAGCAUUUGGUCCGGCAACAUUCUUUGUUGACAAGUGUUCACAGAUGCCCUUUUUUCUCAUUUCUGCGAUCAUUGCUCUCGCAUUUGUAACAAUUCACACAUUCUCAAUGGUCAUUGCUUUUAAUGGCUAUGCAGAAGGGAAUAAAGUGGACCAACUUUUUGUUCCUAUAGUUCAUCUAAUUGCAGGAAUGCUGACACUGGUGAAUUUCGCAUCUGGCGGUUGCGUUGUUGGGAUUCCUCUCCUGUAUUUUAUGGCUAUUUGGACCUUAAUGCAUUGUGGGAAGAUGGUUUGGGGAAGAGUAACAGAAAAUCGAAGCAGACAUGGUGCUUCAUAGUGGCAACUAACUUCAAUUUGAUCCCCUUCUCCUGAACUUUUAGUCCAGUGGUGUCGUCGAUAUAUACAAAACUGUGUAAAUUACAUUGAAGUGAAUGCUUUCAAGUCAGAAGCCAUAUAUUUUCUUCCA